AUGAAUAUCAUCUUAGGCAGCAGCAAAAGCAUUCAAAGGUGCGGAAGUGCGUGCGCGAGGACUAUACAAAACGCAGCACGGAGUGCGCCUGACUCCCAGCAGGCAGCCCAGCCAGCACUUGCAGAAACUUGCAGAAACUUGCCUUUCUACUAUGCGUUGGUACUGCAGCUGCAACAGGAACUUCCGGCGGCUAUGUAUGCAUGCAUACGAUUGAGUAAUGGAUUAGCUGCCGUCGAAAGUGCCCCAUCAAGUGGG